UUUUAUUUAAUGCGCCUUUUUAGAUUAGACGGACUGACUCAAAUGCAAUUGACGCGCAAUAACACAACAUGCACACGCAUGAGCGCGCACUUGACACCUGUUAGCUCUCGUUGCGCGCGCUUCUGAUGCGUGCCAUUGUUGUGACUCGCGCUACGUGGACUACCUCAAAACUCUGACGCCAGGUCGCCAUGGAAACUGCUUUAAACUGCGGCUCCGAGAGAGCAGAAGGUGUGGGAUAUUUAAGAGUUUCAGAGCCGCGAUCCGGCUCCUGCAGCACUGCCCAGCUUCGGAGUACAGCCUAAUGAACCCUAAACGACUGAGCCAACGACCAGAUCACUGUCGGAUUAACCCCGGAGAGCAACACUGACGCGCCGCCACUCCGACGAUUCUGCUCAUCCAGCGAUCUUUUGAACAUAAUAGAGAUGGAAGAUGAUCGCCGGUUUCACAAACUGACACAAGAACAGGUGGAGAAUUUGGACCAAGUUCUUACAGAAGUCAUUCCCAUUCAUGGUAGGGGUAAUUUCCCAACCCUUGAAAUCAAGCCCAAAGACAUAAUCCAUGUGGUCAGAGACAGACUGAUUUUAAAGAAGAUCAAGGUGAGAGAUGUCCGUCUCAAUGGUUCUACAGCCAGUCAUGUGCUGGUCAAAGAGAAUGGCACCAGCUACAAAGACUUGGAUAUCAUCUUUGGUGUGGAGCUUCCCAAACCGGAGGACUUCCAGAUUAUCAAGGAGGUGGUUUUGGGCUGUCUGCUGGACUUUCUACCUAAAGGUGUCAACAAAGAUAAGAUUACAGCUCUCACCAUGAAAGAGGCAUAUGUACAAAAAAUGGUCAAGGUCUUCACUGAGCAUGACCGUUGGAGCCUUAUCUCCCUUUCAAACAACAGCGGUAAGAAUGUGGAGCUCAAGUUUGUCAACUCUCUACGACGCCAGUUUGAAUUCAGUGUGGAUUCCUUUCAGAUCAUCCUGGACAGUAUGCUACAAUCUUAUUUAGAUGCUGAAAGGAGGAAGUUUGUGGAAGGGCAAGAGGGCCAAGAUUCUUCUUUAGCUCAAAGUCAAGGAAUUCAGACAGCCCUAAUGGAUGAACCACUCCUCAGCUCUUGUGACACAGGGCAUCACCAGGAAAGUGACAUUGACAUGUCCUCCAAAACUGAUGAUAUUCAGACUUUUCGUGACUCUCAGUGUUAUUGUAAAACGAGUCAGAAAGAGCAGUCUAAAUAUUCAGAACAAGAACCAACACUUCAAAUAGACAAAGAUGUUGAAACAGAGAUGGUUCAAACCACAUCUACGCCUAUGUCUAUGGAAGAAGUAUCAGAGUACUCUGUAAUGGUGCAUGUGGAGGAAAAGAAUGAACUUCAUGAAAAUGUGUCUUUGCAAACUGAGACACUACUCGAAGUAAAUACAAAUGAAACUGGUAUGGACUCAGGGGAGGGAAAUGAACUAGUUGGGGUAAAAACUAUGUCUGUUAAGGAAACAAAUCCCAAUGUCAAAACAUAUAUUCAUGAAACAGAUUCUGACAAAACAGAAUACAAGUUAGACAUAGAGCCAGUUAAAUCCCAACCAUGGCUUGAAAUGGUAAAUACAGACUUUUCUUGUCUUUCAACAACAGGGACCUUUGGUGAGCGAUGCACAUUCCAACCUGCUCCCAUUACAUUUCUUACACAAUCAGCACUAGAAUCAUAUGCAGAGUAUCCUUUACCACCCCCUGCCAAGAAAAACAGCCAAAAUUCACAAAUGGUUGUUCUCAAGCAUUCCUCACCCAAACCUCCUCGGAAAAUGUCCAAAAAGAUAACUCUUGUACCGAGUUCACCAGAAAAAUCAGUGUCAAGUAAUUCAGAUGUUAAUUGUCAGGUUUUGCAUCCACCUAACGCUUACCCAAAAGAAUCAUUACCUAUGCAGGUUAAAAUGUCAGGUCUUACCACAAAAAGCUUUGAAUUAUCCAGUGCCUCAGAAAAUGACUCUAAAGAGUCUAAAGAACUAGCCAAUUGUACUGGAGCUUUUACUGUUGCUGCUUCGGAGAAUGGUAUGCAUUCAGAAAAGACAUUGUACAUGAGUCUAUCACCAGAGGAAAGCCUUCAAAGUCGAGUGCAAACUUCAGAACCAGAAACUGGUGAAGCAACUCACAUCACUAUUCUAAUUCCUACAUCCAAUCCCAGUAUUCUCCCCAAAGAUCAAAACAGGAUAAACCAGCCUUCUAAUGAAAGUGUUCAGACAGCACAGUGUCAGGCAAUGGUACCUCUUAUUAAUGUGAAUUCUGAGCCUUUACUUCAGGCAAAUGACAGUUAUGACCUCAACUCAGCCUCUCCCAAAAAGAAAGAUAUUGAGCCUUGUGCUCAAGUUGAUGAUGCCACAUCACCAAGAUUUCUUACUGAACCCUCAGAAUUAGUCACUAUGGCAACAAAUUGUGCCUCUCAAAUGUUAAAACCACUGUCUGCAGACCUUACUAUUGACUCACAAGUGGUAGGGACUUAUUCAUCAGGCUCUGAACAUGUUAUAUCACCUCAAGUUCACAACUACCCCUUGUCCACUCUGCAGACUCAGGAACUUCUUGUGCCAAGUCCACAGACUAAAGAACCUCCAGAACUAUUAUCACUUGUCUCCUUACCACAAGUUCAAAGCCUCACUGUUUCAGCACCUAAUUUUUCAAAGACACUAGAACCUUCCAUAUCCUCAACACUAAAUCUAGAAUCUUCAAGAACCUCAGAACCUGUUUUAGAACCAUCCGUUAUGUCUCUGGAUGUCAUAGACCCCUCUGAAAUAUUCUAUGAAGUUGCAGAACCAUCUGAACCACUUUCACAGGGUUUGCAACCCUCUGCAGCAUCGGUGUCACAUACAUUAGAAACAUCUAUGUCAUCAGUAAGUGAGGAGGUGGUUUCCAAGAUAUCAAACCCAUCAUUUUCAGACAUUAAUGAGCCCAUACGCCCUUCAAAAGAGCUGCCUUGCAUUACGGUGUUGGCUGAGAGCAUGUAUGGUGACUUUGAGCAGGCUAUGGACCACCUACGCUACCGGCUAAUAGCGACACGCAACCCUGAAGAAAUCAGGGGUGGAGGCCUGCUCAAGUACAGUAAUCUGCUUGUCCGGGACUUCAAACCUGCCUGUGAAACAGAAAUUAAGACUCUUGAGCGCUACAUGUGUUCACGUUUUUUUAUUGACUUCCCUGAUGUGAAUGAGCAGCAGCGCAAAAUUGAGUCAUACCUGCGCAACCAUUUUAUUGGAGAGGAGAAAAGUAAAUAUGAUUACUUGAUGACCCUUCGGAGAGUGGUCAAUGAGAGCACUGUGUGCUUGAUGGGGCAUGAACGCCGUCAGACUCUCAAUAUGAUUACCAUUCUAGCACUUAAAGUCCUGGGUGAGCAGAACAUCAUUCCAAAUGCCAAUAACGUUACCUGCUACUACCAGCCUGCACCAUACAUGACAGACCACAACUUCACUAACUAUUACAUUUCAAAUGGCCAGUCCCCAAUGAUAUACCACCCCUACCCACUACACAUACACAUGCAGUCUGGAUUAGUUUAGGUCUAAGUACAUUACGUUGAUGGGAAAAUGCACAGGGAUAUCUCUGAAUCUUGCAACCUAAAAUAUCCACCACAACUGAUGUGUCCCAACACUUAACUAAAAAAAAAAAACCUUAAGUACCUAGGUGUUGGACAACAGUGUGUGUCAAUUAAGAUCUGGUAUUGACUAUAAGUGAGAAUUACACAUACAAACCAUUGAAUAUGAAGGUUAAAACAAAUGUGUCAUACAUUUAAUUGAAAAAGGACAAUGACAAGGUAAUUGGCUUUAAAACAGGAAGACAGAAAAAAACUGCAAUAUAUAGUGGCUACAAAAAUAAAUUAGGAGAAAAAAACACGGCUAUGCCUGGUCUUGUCUUAGUAGCUGAAAAGUCCUGUUGUAACAAACAAACAAAACAUUAGAAAAGGUAAAUGCUUUUGAUAGAAACACUAUUUUCAAUAAUUUAAUGCUUUAUUGGCAUGACAAAAAGUGCAAGAGAAAUAAUCAGCAUGCAGCCAACGCUUUAUUACAUAGUAAGGUACUUUUGUUGUCAGAAACAAUUAAACUGAUUGUUCCCGUCUUGUUAUGCUCUUAAGAAAGUUCAGUAAGAUCAGUGUUCCAUUCCUUUUUUUCUGAUUUCUGUUUGAAUUAAGUAUUUUAUAUGUUGUGAUACUUCUUAGUACAUCUACUGGGUAUGUGUAUUUUUAUUUAGAAUAUAUGCUUAUUAGUAGAUAAUGAAUGAUGAUUCCAGGGAUGUCCAGUUGUGCUUCUGGAGGGCCACUGUCCUGCAGCGUUUAGCUCCAACACACCUGCCUGCAAGUUUCCAGUGAUCUUGAAGAUCUUGAUUAGGAGGUCCAGGUGUGUUUAAUUAGGACUAGCGCUGAAGGUGGCCUUCCAGGAACAGGAUUGGAAAGCCUUGAUGUAUUCAAUAUUUCACAAAAAUCAUACGUCUUCAGAAUAUCAGAAAAAAAAAAAUCUCCAUUCCUCAUCAAUAUGGCUAAAUGAGAGAUUUCAGGUAAAACUAUCUAGUGAUCUACAAAUGUUUGUUUGACCAAAUGAACAAUAUGGAAUGCAUUAAAUUGAUGUUAACAAAUCUCAAAUUUGACAGAGUGAGGUACAAAGAUUGCUACCAAACUUGGACAAAUACAAAAAAAAAGAAAAACCAACCAACUACAAAAGAAGAAAGAAUAAGGAUGUUUGCUGGUGUCUUUUGUGUAUGUAUGGCACACAAUGUUGAUUAUACACAGAGAGUAACAAGCUGUCUUCUUUAGUUUUCUUUUCUUAUACUGUAAAUGUAGCCUCAAACAAUCCAUGGGAGGACAAUAAAUGAUGUUAUUUAAUAUUUAUUUGUAUUUAACAGAACCCUCAGUGGUGCUGAAGACUUAAAUACAUUUCCACCCUUUUUUUACAUCUUUGUGACAAAAAUGCAUAUAUUUUUCCAAGAAUUUAUGUGUAGAACUGUAUUAUAGCCUACAUGAAAGAUUGCACCAGCCACACAUACAGUAUACACAGAUAAACAUGAAUAAAAACCAUAAAGUCAGGACCAAAAACAUAAAAGUGUGUAUCGUUGGACAUCAAUAUGGCAUGAAGAUUACUGAACUGUUAUUUUCAGUUGAGUGGUUAUUAUAGCAAAAUUUAUUAAAGUGAUUUGCCUAAAUAAUACAUUUUUCAGAAGCAAGAGAAAAUAUAAACAACUCGUAUGAAAUGUUGGCUUCACUGAAAUUGUAUAAAGAAAUUUUAUUUUUAGGUCAUCUUGAUUACAUAGUGAAAGUUUUAGCAAAUGUUUGACCUUGACCUUAAUAAAAUGCAAAAGUUUCAUAGAUCUUACAGAGAUCUCAUCACUGGUAUAGUUAUUCAAACCUGUGGAGUUACUUUUUCAUGUGCAGACCUACCGUUUUUGUAAAGUAUUGGCUUGAUUGUAUGAUGAUUUAACAUUCUGUUUUACGUUUAUGUAAUCGUCUACCUAUGAAAUACAGCCAAAACCCCUAGUAACACUGUGGUUAGAAAUAGGCUUAGACUGAAAUUGUUUACCAAGAUGAUGUACACCCAUCAUGAAAUACUUAAAACCGUUUAUAUGACCAAAAUUAUUUUUGCAGGAAAACAUCAGUGCCUAAAUGAGCAGGAGAACGCUGUAAAGAAUGUGACAGAAAGGACAAUGCUCCUGCAAAUGCAGCAGUCACUUUUUUAUUUUCAGGUGUACAUUAUCUCCUCUUCUCAUGCUAUUUGUGUUGAUGUCAGAUGUAGUUCUGUGCUGUGGCUAGUUUUGUUCAUUUAAUAAAAAGGAUAGAAAAAGAAUC